CGGAAGUUCGAUAUGGCGGUAGGUUGAGUUAGUACUAAGCUUAUAGAGCCUUCGGGGCUUUUGCCGCUAAACGUUUCAAAGUACGAUGGCCAAGUGGGAUUCUAAAAACUUAGAAAUUCGUAGCAAAUCUGUGGAGCAAACUCUGGUGCCUCUUGUAACUCAGAUAACGACGCUUGUAAACCACAAAGACCAUGGACGGCGAUCUGAGAGAGCUUUGAAAGCAAUUCAUGAGAUUGGAAAAGUUGUAGCACUUGCUGUCGAACGCUUUGUUAGUGUUGGGGAACAGAUCGCAUCAGAAAAUGAAGACGUUGCAGAAGAAAUGCGUAUGGCGUGUGAAGAAGCCAAAAAAUCCGGACAAACAAUUUUUACUCUGACAAGUUUUACGGGCGAUUCUAUUAACGGCGAUGGUGUACCGAACGGCACAGACAAGACUAACAUGGUUCGUGCAGCACGAUCAUUAUUGUCCGCUGUAACAAGAGUUCUAAUAAUUGCAGAUUCUGUUGUUGUGAAGAGACUUCUAGCAGCAGUUAAAAAGGUUGAUGAUAGGUUAAAGCAGCUGGAAACUGUGAACACAUUUACAGAUUUUGUGCAGGCAUUUAGUCAGUUUGGAUCAGAUAUGGUUGAACUUGCCCACUUGUCAGGUGACAGACAAAAUGAUUUAAAAGAUGAUACUUUGAAAGCUGAAAUGGGAGCUGCCCGGUCUAUUUUGGAGAAGUCCACAAUGAUGUUGUUGACAACAUCAAAGACAUGUUUGAGACAUCCAGACUCCAGGUCUGCCAAAGGGAACAGAGAAGGUGUUUUUAAGAAGAUGAGAGAAGCCAUGGCAACAAUCACGUCAGUGGUCCAAGAUGAGCAUAAGGAGGAAGACACAGAAAAGGGAUGUUUGGCGAUGGAUUUAGUACAUUUUGAAGCCUGCUUAGAGGCAUACAAACAAAGCUCACCAGAUGACAGUGAAUCCAAGAUAAAAUUUCAAAAAGCAUUUGCCAAUAUCCUUGAUGACGUGCAGUCUGUUAUGGAUUCUCCACAUAUGAGGAAGGAAAAGAGAGAAAAAAUUUUAGCCCUAUGUGAAAAUGCACAGGACAUCAUGAAAGACAUUUUAGAAAGACAGAAGAACAACAAGAAUGAAGAUGCAACCAGUAUCGACACAUUAGAUAUGGCAUUGCAGAGGAUUUGCAAAACCUCAAAAGAUCUUAGACACGAGGUCCAUCAAGUAGCUACAGAUCAAGUGUUUGAGACUUUUUCACAUUUAGGUCACAAGAAGUCUUUACCUGCCUUGAGGAAUGCAGCUGCAUCUGGCAGUUCAGCUCAGCUGGAGAGUCUAGCCAAUGUGUUCACACAAGAUGCAAAACGAUUACAAGAGGUAUCUAGGGUUACAAGAAAUAUGGCAUCCAAUAAACCCAUGGCCAUUACAGCAAAAAAAGUAGAAGAAAAUAUUGAUACGCUUUGUCCUCAGGUUAUACAUGCUGCAAGAACUUUAGCUGCUCAUCCUGUCAGCAAGAUUGCACAGGAGAAUAUGGAAGUCUUUGUUGAUGUUUGGGAAGCACAAGUUGAAGAACUUGGCAAAGUACUGAGACUCAUUACAGCAGGUGGAGACCCAAGUAAAAAUGUUUUAUCAGAAGACGAAACACAGGGGCUAAGGAAAACAAGUGAAUCUCGUGUUGAGCAACUGCUGCAAAAGUCAUCCAGUAGAAGAAGUAGCAGUGCUUCAGUCGAAGAAAAUGAAGAACCUGAGAAAGCAGUGGUUGAUUCACAGGAACAAGAGAAGCUUGGCAAGCUUAUCACAAAUGUAAACCUGAUGACAUCACAACUUGAGCUGCACUACUUUGAAGAUACCGAUAAUGAAAUUGUCAUCAGAGCCCGAGAGAUGUCAGAGAUGGUCAGUGAAAUGUAUCUCUUUACAAGGGGAGAAGGAGCUCUUCAAACCACAGAGGAACUAUUUGAAGCAUCUCAAAAUUUUGCAGAUGCAGGCAAGGCACUUUACAGAGUUGCAAGAAAAUAUGCCUCAAAGGCAGAGGAGAGCCCAAUCAAAAAAGAGUUGUUAAGAUAUGUGGAUAAAAUUCCAGCCUACUGUCAUCAACUCUUGUUCACAAGCAGAUCACUGGCAAUUGGGCAGGCCGCUUGCUGUAGAAAGAAUUCUCCCCUCAAAUUACCACCAGACCAAAGAUUAUGGCAGAUAGAUGAAAGUAUAUUCUCAGAAGAGUCUUCAUUAGCAACACUAUCAAGAUGUUCUUCACUACAGAGCAUUGAGAACAAUGAGAGUGAGCAAAGAACAACUGCUGAGCAUUCAAAUGGAGUUGUGUACAAGACAGAACUGUAAUGUUUUCAAAGACAGGAGGAUAAUUCUCAAUAUUUUAACUCUUACUGUCCAAUGAGAAGUAACUCAUAAAAGAGCUAUGACAUCAUCUUGUUGCCAUAGCAACAUAUGUUGCCCAGGGACAUCUUUAAAGUGACAGCAGACAGAGCAUUAGAUCGCACAGAGGAUAUUGCCUCUAAAGGAGACAGUUUUUGUUCUUCCCAAUUGUGCCUCAUUGCUCAGGGGGCCUCCCCAGAGCAGAAAUUUAACAUUGUGUUCUCUUUGAGUAAAUAUGUAUAGUGUACGAGAGAUUUACCAAGCCUACCCCUCACAGUUUUGUGAUGUUGAGCAGUACUACCAAAUAAGGUGGUGAGCACAUGCGUGUGAAAAAGAACAAGAAGAUUGUGAGAGCACGAGCUUAUGGAAAGUUUUUCCAUCGAAUUUAGUGAGAGUUUCGUGAAUUAGAUUGAAGUGGAAUAAACUAGGAAAUUGUGUUAUUGUGAGCUCUAUGGGCUGUUUUAUUGUUGGGCUCAAUAGCACAUACUUAGGAUUCAGUGAUGUUCAAUGCAUACCAGCUCUAAAGUAAAAACAAAAAUGACCAUCAAUGCAAUUAUUUUGUGGUUCCAGUUUUUUUUUCCAAGUUGAUAAUGAGCUAUGAAUUUAUUGAUAGUUGUAACAUUUUGCACAUGGUUAUGAAGUGUCAUUGUAACAUUGUUGGUGUUAUUGUGUGCAAUGUAAUACAAUUGUCAAUAGUGUUACUGUUCUUGUGAAGUUGACCCUCAGUUUGAGGGUAUUGGAUAUUAUUUUAUUUCAAAAAAUUCUGUGCAGUAUAUUGCAUAUUUGUGGCAUCAUGAAAUAAAUUCACAAACAUUUCCAAAUA